AUGAAUACUGAUCAUAUAAAUUAUCAACAACAAAUAGCACAAUCGGUAAAUAAAGAAAAAGAUCAUGAAUUAUUAGAAAAAAGUGAUAAUGCGCCAAAGCAACAAACAUCUUCUAAUUCAAUUGGAAUAAAUCAAAAUACAACAUUAAAAAAUGAUGAAUAUCAAAGAACUAAUCAAAUUUCAGACAAUGAUAUGAAUAUAUUAACACCAAUUGAGCGUCGAGAAAGAAUAUCAACUUUAUUAAUUAUUGCUCUAAUUGCUCUUUUAACUGGUAUUGACUAUGCAAUUAUUUUACCCACAGCCUGGGGUUAUAUAAAAAUAUUUAUGCACAACCAUUAUGGUGGUUUCGUUAUGGGUAUACUUUUAUCUGUGUUUGCUUUAUCAGGUGCAAUUGCUGGCAUUAUACUAGGAUAUCUUAAUGAUAUUGGUAUAUCAUUAAAACGACUUGUUCUAUUUGGUAUUUUGUUUAAAAUAAUUGGUAAUAUACUUUAUUUUAUUGGUAUUAAUAUUUAUAUUGUCGUUAUAUCUCGAUUAAUUGCUGGUAUUGGAAUGGGUUUAGUGCCACCAUUAUUAGCAGAAAUAUCAAGAAGAUCAACACCAAAAACUCGCACUCAACUUUUAUCAAAGAUACUUGGCUGUCGUCAAAUAGGUCUUUUACUAGGUCCAUGUUUUACAAUAUUAUUAAAACAAAUGAAUUUUGUAUUGUUUGGUAUUCCUGUAACCAUGUAUAAUUCACCUGGUUUACUAAUGGCAAUCUUAUGGUUCAUACUAGCAAUUUUAACUCUCUUUUUCUUUUUUGAUUUAACUUUAUCAUCAGUAAUCUUAACAAAUCCAUUAAAUGAUUAUUCAUUUAAACAAGCAUUGAAACGUGUUUGUACAAUAUGCAAACAACCUGUGAUAAUAGUUCUUCUAAUAACUUCAUUUAUUGCAUAUUUUAAUCAAACAGCACUUGAAACAACCUUAACACCAUUUACAAAUCAACAAUUUAAUUGGCAUGAAUUACAAGUAUCAAUUUUAUUUGCAAUAGCUGGUAUUGAAAUAACACUUGUUUAUGUUUUACUACAUUAUAUAACAAAAAAAUAUCCGGAUCGAUCAAUACUUUUAUUUGGUUAUAUUCUUCUUAGUUUAGCUUGUCUUAUUGCUGUUGUCAUUUUACCUUUUUCCCAACCAGGUACACAAAAAUAUUUACCUAUUUUUCUUCUAUUUGUCGCCUUGGAUAUUCUUGCGUUACCACUUAUUGUUGUUACAAGUACGAGUUUAUUUACACAACAGAUUAAUAAUGAUGAACAAGGUAUUGGUCAAGGUAUUCAACGUUUUAUUAUAAAUGUAGCAACAAUUGUUGGUCCAUUAUAUGCUGGUAGUCUAUUAAAAUCAACAUGGAUUAUGCUUUGUUCAAUGUUAUUUAUAGUUCUAUUUGCAACAUUUCUUAUCCUAGGUAUUUAUCGUUCAUUUAAAUCAAAACAUGAUGAAGAAUUAUCAGCUUUAAUACGUCCGACAACAAAUAAUAGUUGA